AACAAAGUGGGUGGCGCCAAAGCUUGACAACAAAGCGGCUGUUUAAUGUCGGAAUCAGGGCAACGGUUCAGAGUUGAACUUUUUAGCUCUGGAUAAACCCGAGGCUGUGAAAUCAGAUUUGACUUAAAUCUGAUCCUCUAUGAAGCGGAGCUGAAGCCAACAUGGCUGCGAAGUCUGACAAACUUCUCAUCGUAGUUUCCAUUCUGGAAGGUCGAAAUUUUCCAAAGAGCUCCCGCCUCAGUCUGGUGGUUCAGGCGAGCUUCGAUGGAGAACAGCUGGAAACGGACCCGGUGGAGCACAGAGAGCAGCCCCAGUUCAACACUGAGCUGGCCUGGGAGCUGGACCGCAAGACGCUGCAUCAGCACAGGCUGCAGCGAACUCCCAUCAAGCUCCAGUGUUUCGCUCUGGACUCCGCCAGCCAGCGGAAGGAGAACGUGGGCUACGUGGUUCUGGACCUGCGAUCCGUCCCAGAGGUCCGGCAGGAGCCGCGCUGGCAUCAGCUGCUCAACAGUAAAUACACCAAACAGAGAGCGGCGCUCCUCGUCGGCGUCGUCCUGGAGAACGACUCCAAGGCUGCGGAGCCGUCGCCUGAUAAAUUCAGAGCCAAGAAGGCCCCGCCCCGACAAGGUCCCGCCUCCGUCAGCAACCUGCUCCCUGAGAAGCUGCAGGCCCAGCUGGUCCCAGACCAGGGCUACCAUCAGGUGGGGCCGGCGGAGCGCUGCAGCGACAUGUUUAUCCUCUCUGUCACCGUGGCCUUCGCUACCAAACUGGAGCAGCUGAUUCCCAGCACAAAGAAACUGUUGGCGGAGGACUCUGGUUUCUUCUUCUACUACACUCUCCUGGGGAAUGACAUCACCAGCGAGCCUUUCCACAACCUGCUGAGUCCAGACUUCGAGCCGGAGCGCGCCUCUGUGCGAAUUCGUAGCAGCAAACGGCUCCUCCGGGCCUUCCUGUGGCAGCAGCCCUGCCUACAGAUCCACCUGUGCUAUGGGGAUCGUUCCCUGGGCAGCACCGACGUCCCGCUCUCUGGUCUGGCUGAUGGUUCUGAACACCUGGAGGAGAAGGCCGCCACAGUGGAGGGAGCGUUCGUCGUGAGGCCUCCCAGACGCUCCCAGCUACCGCCGCUGCCUGCAGACCAGCAGCCUACGGUCGGAGUGGCCGUUACUCUGAGGAGGGAGGAGCCUCGGCCCCCAACGCAGCACAGGAAGGAGCCCCGGCCCCAAACGGACCUGGAGCCUCCAACUCAGACUCCGGGGUACAAAGAUCCCAGCAGACGUCCAUCUCUCGGCGUCCCUCCUGCUCAGAGUCCGUCUCCGGUCCAGAAUCCUCCUGAAUCCUCUCCUCCUCUUCCUCCUCCUUCCUCUCGUACAGAGAGCGAAGCGGAGAGCCUUCCGGAGGAGGCGGAGCUCCACAGGAAGCAGGCAGCAGCUGAUCUCAGCAGACCUGCAUCUGACAGCGCGGCAGCUGAGCGUCCUCCUGUGGACGCCGAUGGUGGAGGACCUGGAGCUCCUCCUGAGGGCGGAGCUUCAUCAGUCAGCGUCUCCGCUCCCAAGGUGUCCAUCCCGUCCUCUGCCCAUCACUACUGCUUCUCUCUGGACCUGCGCAGCCUGGGGAAGCUCUCCCUGCCUCACCCCAUCGCCGCCACGCUCAGGUACUCGUACCAGUUCUUCGGCAGCUCGGCUCCCAUCGUGACCAACCCCCCGGUGGAGCUGCAGAGGAACAUGGAGGCGACUCCGCCUCAGUCCUACUGCGCCUUCGACUUCGCGGCGCUGCCACACCAGCUGCAGGAGACCUUCCUGAGGGUUCCCCUGGUGGUGGAGCUGUGGGACCGAGGCUCCGCCAGCAGAGACGAGCUGAUGGGAGUCGCCUCCAUCCAGCUGCAGCGCCUCCUCAGCUCAGAGAAGACCAGGCUGGCCGGAGCGCCGGGGGAGCCCAGCUGGAGACGGACCCACCGGGACCGGGUCCCUGUGGUCCACCCGCAGCGGCCCACAGAGGCGGUGGCUGAGCUGAGCUACGAGGCGACGCUGGAGGACCUGGGCUUCGUCAGAGCCAAGCAGGUCCUGCUGUCGGACUCCUCACAGAACGAACGUCCAACCGUCCCUCAGUUCGCUUCUCACCCUGCAGCCCCAAAACGGACCAUUCAGGGGCCCCCAGCGGCUCCCGUCACAACCAGAGACACCCUGGAGUACCAAGCUGCCCUGGAGCUGGAGAUGUGGAAGGAGGAGCAGGAGGACCUGUUUGAUGAUCAGCUGCGGCAGAAGGAGCUGAGGCACAUGCAGGCGCUGGCCGAGGAGUGGAGGAAGAGGGACAGAGAGAGGGAAGCUCUGGUCAACAAGAAGGAGCUGGAGUUCAACCUGCUGGAGGAGAAGCUUCAGAAGACUCUGUCUGAUCUGGAGAAGAGGGAGAAACAGCUGGCUGAGGCGGAGCUGCAGACUCAGCGGCUGCAGAGGGAGCUGCGAGUGGAGCACGACCUCACCCAGAAGGAGCUGCAGGAGGCCAGCAGGAGGGUGCAGAGGGAGUGUGACCACCGGGUGACGUUGGAGAGGGAGAAGGUCCAUCUGAUGGAGGAAGAGCGAAGCCGGCUACUGCAGCAGAUCGCAGACGGAGAGACUCGCUACAAACAGCUGGAGAAAGAGUUCCAGCUGUACAGGGAGCAGCAGAACGUGCGACCAGAGCUCCGCCUGCAGUCCGAAAUCAACCUGCUGACUCUGGAGAAGGUGGAGCUGGAGAGGAAGCUGGAGUCCACCACCAAGUCCAAGCUUCACUACAAGCAGCAGUGGGGCCGCGCCCUGAAGGAGCUCGCUCGCUUUAAACAGAGGGAGCAGGAGAACGCCGUGGCUCGUCUGAAGAAGCAGCAGGCGGAGCUGGAGGCCAUGAGGCUGCGUUACCUAGCAACCGAGGAGAAGGAGGCGGUGCGGCAGGACCGGAAGGAGCUGGACCAGAUCAGGAACCAGCUGAACAGGUUAAAAAAGCAGGAAGAAGAGAGGUUAGGCCCCACCCCCGUAGAGCCAGGCCCCGCCCCCAGCCUGAAUGAGAGCUCAGAGGAGCACCUGAGCCGCCUGCUGGAGGAGAGGGACACGCUGCUGAGGACCGGGGUCUACACGCACCAGGACCGGAUCGUAGCGGAGCUGGACCGGCAGAUCCAGGACGCCAUGAGGGACAGGAGGCUCUGACGGCCGCUGUGCGGUCCGAUCGGACCGGCCGGCCGGGUCCGGCGGAGGGUCAGAUCACCUGCAGAUUAACCAGCAAACCGAACCUGAUCCAACUUCAGGUUUUAUACCACUGGACUCGGACUGGGUCAGCAGCAUCUGGUUCUAGAGGUUCUUCCAUCCAGCAGAUCCUCAGAGGAAAAUAGCGGUUCUGAUCCGGCCAGAGAGCCACGGCGGUUCUGAUAAUAACAGCCGAUGUUCUCCUGAAUAAGCAGCACAGACCGUUGAAGGUUUGUUCUUCACUAAAACCUUCCAUCCAGCUAACGGGUUUCCUUUGCUUCUGGGUCGGAACCAGAACCUAAGGAAAAUGAGAAUCCAGUAAAAGAUCAGAGCUGCAGAAGAACUUUGUUAAUAGAACAGGACCGGGUUAGUGGACAGAAAAAAUGUUCUGCUAGAACUUCCUGAUUAUGUUCUGGUCCAGAUUAGUCCUUCAUUCCUGAAUGAAUAUAAACUCGGACUCGUUCAGUCCGAGUCUUUUCGCUCCAGGUUAAAGGAUUCCAGCUCUGUGCUCAUUCUGCAGCGGGUGGAUGGACCCUCUGCUCACCUGGACCGGAACCACAGGGUCACAAAGUCUCACAGAAAAAUGUUUUUAUUUAUGGAUCCAAAUGGAUCUGUGAAAAUGUUGGUUCUGGUUCUGAUCCCAGAAAUCCAACAUUUUGGGAGCUUCUGUUACAAAAACCAACUGGAAUUCACAGCAUUGAAGCAGCGGGUCAGGGAGCAGAACCUCCGGGGUACGGACCUCUGGGGGGGCCAGAAGGAACCUCUGGGGGGCAGACGGAUCCUCCGGGGGACGGACCUCUGGGGGG